AUGGCCUCCAAAGAAUUUAAUUCCAUCCUGCUUGGUCGUACGGCCGGACCACAAGGCACUCUCACUGUUGAUGCAAAAAAAGAUGAAACGUUUAUCUGGAAACCCAUCGGCAACGAAGCGAUCAUAUCAUCAGGGAGUUCUGUCGUCAAAAAGAACGAAAUUGAAAAAUUUGAAUGGCUCUACACAACAAAAGGCUAUUGCUUGCGGAUUUGGAAAGACAAUGAAGAUAUGGUCGAAUAUAUCGGAUUUAAAGAAUCCGACUAUGAUGCUUUAGAGUCACAAAUUACACAAUUACAAUUAGAAAAGGAUAAGCCAUUUAACAAGGUGGAUGCUUGUCUAACUGGUGUCAAUUGGGGCAAGCCACUUAUCAAAGGCAACAACAUGACCAUGUAUUUUGAUAAUAAGGAAAUGUUUACAAUUUCCCUGUCCGAUGAUGUUAAAAAUUGUCAAAACAUUCCAAAGAAUUCUGAAUUAGUGUUAGAGUUUAGAGAUGAUGAACCAGCCGAUAAGAAUUCGAUACAACUCACAGAAAUUCGAUUAGUCUGUCCUGAAGAUGCAGAAGAAGAUGGAGCUACAGAAGAUGGAACCAAAGAAAAGAGCACUGAAAAGAAACAAAACCCACUUUCGGCUGAAGCACUCCACGAAGAAAUUGCUAAAAGAACAGCCUUCUCAAAUGACACUGCCAAUGCAAUUGCAUCAUUUUCUCAAAUGCCUGUGGUCAUACCUAGAGGUAAAUACAAUGUGGAUCUCUACAAGAACAACCUUAGAUUGUACGGUAGAACUUAUGUGCACAAGAUUUUCUACAAACAAAUUUCCACACUCUUCCUUCUUCCAAAACCUGAUGAUAAGCACAUGUACUUGGUGAUUAGCUUGGAUGUACCUGUUAGACAAGGUCAAAAAUCUCAUUUCCAUAUUGUCUUCCAAUUUGAGAAGGAAGCCAAAAUUAAGCCAACAGAUCCACUCCAACUCAACUUUGAUCCAAAUGACUAUCCAAAAGAUGCACUCUCCCCCACCAUGAGUGGAAAGACUUAUGAAGUUUUUGCAAAAGUUUUGAGAGCCUUGACAGGAAAGAAGCUCAUUGGUCCUGGAAAGUACAACAGUUUCAAUGACAAGAAGGGAAUCAAGUGCUCGCUCAAAGCCAACGAAGGAUUCUUGUUCUUCCUUGAAAAAUCCAUCUUCUUCCUUCACAAACCAGUUAUUUAUUUGAGACAUGACGAAAUCAAAUCUAUCAAAUUCCAAAGAGCUGACACGACUGGAAGCGGCUCUAGAUUCUUUGAUUUAGUUUUUGUGUUAAAGAAUGGCAAAAAUCACACCUUCUCGAACAUUGACAAGAAUGAGUACGAUUCUCUCGCAGAAUUCCUUCCAAGUAAGGGCCUCAAUGUUGAAAAUAUAAUUUCUAGGGAACAACCAAAUAUUAAUGAAAUACUAGGAGGAGAAGACGAUGAAGAAGACGAUGAAGAUUUUGUUGAUUCCAAAUCUGAUGAAGACGCAGAGGAGGAGGAAGACGAUGACGACGAAUUUGAAAAGUUUGUGGAAGAAAAGGAUGCUCUCCAAUCCGAGACUGAAGCUCUUCUCAAAGAUGCUGGUGACAUUGACGAUUUGUCAAGCAAGAAGCGAAAGAAAGCAACGAGCAGCAGCACUGGUGGCGAUGCCUCUGAUCCAAAAGCAAAGAAGAAGAAGCAGUAG